AUGGAAGAUUUCGAGUUUAGUUUGAAAGAUAGUCCUAUACUUCUCCCGUACAUUCGAAACCAGAGUCCCAUGCAUGGGUGCUACGCGUAUAGUACAACAGAAGCCGUAUCGGCUUUAUUUGCAGUAGAAUACAAUGAAGCACCCGUGGAACUGUCUGUACAGCAAAUUAUUGAUCAAAUGCCGCGAAACUUUCACUAUGAACAAAAGGGCAAAAAAAGAAAUAAAAAACAUGAAUGUUAUUAUGGCUCCCAUGUUGAUGCUCUCCACUAUGCAAAGAGCAUUGGUUUGUUUGAAGACACUGCCUAUCCCAAAAGAGAGAGCAGCUGGGACAUUGAUUUUCCUGAGCCCCUCCCAAAUGAGGUGAAAUAUAAAAUUGGAUGUGUCACUCGUGUCCGUACGGCAGAUAUUGAUGAAAAGUGGCAAAGGGAGCGCUUUGAGAAUUUGGUCACUGCCGAGGAUAUCAAUCGAGUGUUGGAGCACCAACCUAUGGCUGGUGCAAUUAGAGUCUACAAGAGUUUCGUGGAUUUCAAGGGAGAGUUUGUCUUUGUUGGAAAUGCUGUAACUAUAGCUGAAGUUUACAUGGGACGUGUUGGAAAUGAGGACGCGGAUGACAAACAUCACGGACAUUCUAUACUAAUAAUAGGAUGGGGGCGUAAGAAUGAAGUAGAUUAUUUUCAUAUUAAGAAUCAAUGGGGUGAUGAGUGGGGUGAUAAAGGCUAUGCCAAAGUUAGGAGAGACUUGAUCUACAGACUAGCUUACCCCGAAGGUAUUUUUCAAGUGGGUGAUGCUGCCAAAAAGAAGAAGGGAAAAGAUGUCCCUAGCAGCAGCGGGACCAGAAAACAGAAAGCCCACCGUUAG